UGCAGUACAAAUGUCAAACUAAUGUUAAACCCAUCUGUGACCUAUGUUUCCAGCUGGAUAUCCUAUACAAACUCAGCCUGUAUAACUCCCAUGAACACAACUUGACUGAAUGGCACCGGGCUUUUAUAGAUAGUGGCCGUACAUGUCUGGAGUUUGAGUGUCUAGACAAAAGUCUUUUUGACUUCAUGCAAGAAAGACAUUUCCAACCGCUGAGUUUAAUGGCAAUUCGACCAAUCGUCGUGCAGAUGGCAGUAGCUCUGAAACAUCUCAAGUCUGUUGGAAUUAUACACGCAGACCUCAAAUUACAGAAUGUGAUGUUAGUCAAUCACCAACAAGAGCCGUACCGAAUUAAAGUGAUUGACUUUGGCCUGGCUUGUGAGACCUCAGCUGCGACAGUGGGUUCUUACAUUCAGAGCCGUCCAUAUCGGUCCCCAGAGAUUAUUCUAGGCCUUCCAUUUACAGAGGCCAUAGACGUUUGGUCUCUGGGAAACAUUGCUGCCUAUCUGUACCUCGGUUCCCUGCUGUACCCUGGCUAUACUGAAUAUGAUAUGAUGAACUACAUAGUAGAAACCCAAGGGAACCCACCAGAAAAAAUGUUAAACUCUGGGCUAAAGACCUCCUGCUUUUUCUACAAAGAGUUCAAUUCCACCACCAGCAACUGGAAACUCAAGACGCCUGAACAAUUUUUUGAAGAGUCAGGGAUUAAGCCCACAGAGAGAAGAGGAAGAAACUUUACAUCUCUGAAUGACCUCUUACAUUUCCAGCAACUCGGGGCUCAGACAUUUACAGAUAAAGCUGCAGAAAUGUGUGAUCUCUUGAUGUUUGUUGAAAUGGUGAAAGAAAUGCUUCAGCUUGAUCCUGAAAGACGGAUUACACCCCAACAGGUGCUGGACCAUUCUUUCGCCAGAAUGAACCACAUAGGGUACUUGUACGACCUGAGCUCCUAUGUAAAGUCCUGCUAUCAGCACAUGGACAUCUGUAAGGAAAAGAGCACAGUGUCUUCGGAUAGUGGGACAAGAGUCCCCAGAGAUUAUUCUAGGCCUUCCAUUUACAGAGGCCAUAGACGUUGGUCUCUGGGAAACAUUGCUGCCUAUCUGUACCUCGGUUCCCUGCUGUACCCUGGCUAUACUGAAUAUGAUAUGAUGAACUACAUAGUAGAAACCCAAGGGAACCCACCAGAAAAAAUGUUAAACUCUGGGCUAAAGACCUCCUGCUUUUUCUACAAAGAGUUCAAUUCCACCACCAGCAACUGGAAACUCAGACGCCUGAACAAUUUUUUGAAGAGUCAGGGAUUAAGCCCACAGAGAGAAGAGGAAGAAACUUACAUCUCUGAUGACCUCUUACAUUUCCAGCAACUCGGGGCUCAGACUUUACAGAUAAAGCUGCAGAAAUGUGUGAUCUCUUGA